CAGCCUUCAUUCCACCCAGCAAUCUCCAGCCCCUCAGGUGGAUCUGCCUCAUGCUGAGCCACAUCAACAGUCCCAGCGACUUCUACGUGCAGCAGGUGAGCACGACGAAGUGCGUGCUGGAGCUGAAGGGCGCUCUGCAGCGCUUCUACCGGGACGACCGCAAUGAUUGGACGGUCGUGCAUCCCAUUGUGGGGCAGCUUUGUGUUGCCCAGUUCAGCGCAGACCAGCAGUGGUACCGUGCCCAGGUCAUCGGUUUACCAGGAAAGGGAGAUGUGGAGGUGAGAUACGUUGACUACGGGAACACAGAACGCACCUCGGUGUCCUGCAUACGCAAACUGGGCAACUCGUUUCUACAACUGCCAGAGCUGGCGGUGCCGUGCACGCUGGCAGACAUCCGCGCAGACGGAGAGUGCUGGACGGUGGCGGCCAUGGAACGCUUCCACCAGAUAGUGGACAACAAGCACCUGUGGUCCUUUGUUACCGAUAACAAAAGUGGCAAUCACGUGUCUGUGCACCUCUUUGUGGAACCGGCCCAGUUGUUGAGCAAGAUGCUGGUGGAUGAGGGCUUUGCGCAACGUGUUGGACUCCGCUCGUUGUCCAUGGAGGAGUUGAAGUUGGCGAAAGAAAGAGCGGCGGUGCAGGCGGACAUGCCGGAGGGGCCAUGUGGCGUAGAGGCUGCGGCUGUGUGGUGGUCGGGCCGAGCUCGCCGCGGCACGACGACGAUGCCGACUCAUGCCUUCGUCUCCUUCGUCAGGUCCCCCGCCUCCUUCUACCUGCAGCCCGACGAAGCGCUCGGAAAUUUUCUACCCACGCUGAAGGAAGUGCUGGAGGAGCGAUUUGGUGGGAAGCCGCGGCCGCUCGCUCAGGGCAGAGCGGCCGCUGCGCCGGCGUCUGGCGCCGAUUUUGCCGAGGGCUCGCUGUGCGCUCUGUACAGCACAAACCACCACACCUGGGCCAGGGCCCGGAUCCAAAGCCUCCGUCCUGAUGGUCAGAUUCAGGUGCUGCUGCUCGACUACGGAGACGCGGCGGUGGUGGCGCCGAGCGAGCUGCGCCCCAUAGACGCGGCGUGCAGCCGCUACCCCGCCAUGGCGGUGCACUGCUGCCUCGCUCGCUUGACGUAAGCGCUCCCACACAACCCGCGUUCACACUGCCGCGGCAGAAGUGCGCGCGUGUGUGAACGAUGUAACAUGUUAUAACCCUUUCCUUUCACACGUUGGCAAUUUGCCUGAAGCCGGCCUGUCCG